UUUUACGAAAAUGGAAUGGAGCAAUGAAUUAGUUUUGGAAUUCAUCAGCUUAUACGAAAAAUACCCAAUUCUUUGGGAUCCCAAACACUUGGGUCAUAAAAAUAGAAACCUUCUACAUGAUGCUUGGCUGGAUAUUGCACGCGAAUUAAUGUUGAAGUAUUGCGAAAGAAAAAAGAAUCACUUAUGGCCACCUAUAGACCUUUAUCAAGAAAAGUACGAGUCACCGAAACAACUGGAUCUGGAGCAAGAGAUGUAUUUAAACCAACAUGGUUUGCAUAUGAGAACAUAGACCGCUUUAUUAAGGCCACAGGAAAGAAAACAGCAACGCUAAGUUCAGAGGAAAGUGAGACGAAGGAAGCAAAUUCGCGGAAUGAACAGGACCUAUUGCAGCAUGAAGAAGUAGAAGAGCACACAAAUGAACCUGACCACGAAACAAUUAAAGACGUCGCUCCAAAGCGAAUAGAUGCAAAUUUUACUUUUCCUCCUCGCGCUCUAGGCAAUAAAAGACGAAUAGGUCCAAAUAUCACCGAAGCAAAUAUAAACAAACACUUGAAACUUGCAAGUGAUGCGCUGGCAACGUUUGCUGCGAAAUCACAACCACAGAUAGUGCAAGAUUCGCCUGCGUUGUAUGGGAAGCUGUUGGCCAUGAAACUUAGACAAUUAAAACCACGAACUCAAAUUGUUUUGCAGAAUGAAAUAGAUAAUCUUGUGUUUCAAGCCCAACUUAGUGAAAUUGAUAGUGUUGGUACCACAGCUGGACGGUCCGUUACCACUAAUUUUAUUUCACAAAAUUCUAUACCAGCACAAUAUUCUUCUCCAUCAGGCAGUCAUUUUUCUUCCAGCUCGAGUUGUGUAGGUUACCCAGCACCCGCCCAUUUUUCUAAGGAAAAUUUAAAUUCUAAUUCUCCGGAACCCUUCCAAACUUCACAAGAAAAUGAUAAUCAACACCUUUAUUCUCAGUCUAUUAGCAAACCAGUCUCUGUAGGUACUACAGGAGACCCUAAUUUCUAUACCAGUUCUCCAUCUAAUAACACAUCACUCCUAACCUAUUAUACUAAUGUGCAUGAUUUGUUAAAUUCCAAAAAUCAUCAGUGAAAAAUUACAAAAAUAAAGAUUAUAAACAAUAAUAAA